UGCAAAGAAUUUUGUUGGAGCAAAAAAUGCAUUAUCAGAUAUAUUUACACUUACAAACUCGAUUGAAUUUCAUGAUACAUUUGCCACUGAGCUUGCAAAUAAUCGUAUACAGUGGAAGUUCAAUCCUCCUCGAAGUCCUCAUUUUGGUGGCUGUUUCGAAAUAUUUGUUAAGGCUUUUAAGAACCAUUUGCGUCGUGUGGUAGGUGAACAGUUACUAACGUAUGAAGAAAUGUUAACUGUUCUUACACAAAUUGAAUCAGUUAUCAAUUCUCGACCGCUUACACUUUUAAGUGAGGAUCCAUCUGAGCUCACAGCUUUAACUCCAGCUUACUUCUUGAUGUCAUCACCAGUAAAAUUUAUACCCGCUAGAAUGAAAGUAGAUGAUGAACCAGUUUCACUUUUAAAACGAUAUGCGUUGUUGGAUGGUAUGAUACAAUCAUUCAGUAAUCGAUGGAAAUUGGAAUAUCUCCAUUUGCUACAGUCGAGAACAAAAUGGAAUACACAAGCCAAUCCUGUCACAAUAGGUACAGUUGUAGUUAUAGUGACAGAUAACGUUUCUCCACUUUCUUGGCCUUUGGGAAAGGUAAUGGAAAUUUAUCCCGGAAAAGAUGGAAUUUGUAGAGUAGUUUUAGUCAAAACUGCAACGGGAAUUUAUAAAAGGCCUGUUGUGCGUUUAUGCCCAUUACCGAACCAAUAAAACUGCCUACAAAACCGCUUACAAAACCGCUUUAAAACCGCUUACAAAACAAUUUACAAAACCGCUUUAAAACCGCUCGAUCAACCGCUUAAUACACCGCUCUCCAAACUGCUUUAUGAAUCUUUUACAACCCGCUUUACAAAAUCGCUUUACAAACCGCUAAACAAACUCAUAUAGUUCUAUGAUCUUUUUUACCAAUCGCGAAUAUCAAUUUUCUUUUCUCAUUGUUAUUACUAUUAUUUUUUUUUGUCUUUUUAUUAUCAUUUCUCUUUAUAAAAAACCUAAAGGUUUUUUAGGCCGGGGGCAAUGUUCACGCCAUCCAAUCACCUUAGUCCUCUCUGUCCUCAUUUUCUGUCCCAACCGCACCCGUUCCUUAAACACCACUCUCUCUCUCUCUCAAUAUUAAAGUGUGGAAGGAGGGGACUAUGAGACUUGCGCCCGCGCCUCAGAGAGAAGCCACUACCGCCGUCGCGAGGUCACGCUUGCUCACUUCUACUACUGUGUUUACGCUACCGCAGAGUACCAAGUACUUACCGCUUAAUAUUCUAUGCGUGGUCUUCUCCCACGGAGACAAGUGAAGUGCCUGAGGACUAAAGCUCUCCUUAUCAAGUCCUGGUAACCGCGAGUGCCUGCAGUCGAGAUCCAUGAGAACCGCGACCGAUGUGCCAUUUUACGUGAGGAACGACGAUCUCCACCACAACCUGGAGCUCUUCACCAUAACCCAAAGGAUAAGGCUGGCGACUACAUGCGACUUCGACGUUAAAAUACCAGCAGCAUCACUACCACAAUGUAUGAAUAAACGUUCGGGUAACACACAUACAAUUCAAUAAUAUUUAUCUAUAUCAUAAAACACAAAAACCAUUUUUUUUAAUUUACGUAUUUUACAUAUUUUUCCAUUUAAUUAUGUAGAUUUUUAGUAGGUAUAAAUAUUCUGUUGAAAAUGAGAAAUUUCAAAGCAAGGACAGGCCUCCAAGGAAAAUGUUUCUACAUUUUGUAAUAUUACUUCUUCUGUCCCAGGGACUUUUUGGUAAGAUAAAUUUCUUUUUUUUUAAUUCUACCCAAUUCUGUAUAGUUUUACGAUGGAUACAGACACGACUCGUUUGUUGUCGUAACCGAUGAUGGUACUAUUUCGAAAGAAUUUUAAUCUCUAUGAGAAUUAUUUAAUUUCACACUAUCUGCAACAUCUUGACAACAAUGAAUUCUUUCUUUUGUUACUUUGUUAUGCCGUUUCACGUGCACAGAAUAUUAAACCUACACGCACGAAUCGUAGCCGAAUAAAAUAUAAUUCUUUCACAGGCGAAGUGAAGGUUUCGGAAGCUAUAGAUUGAGACAGCCGAAUAAUAGGUGGCAAAGAUGCCACUCCAGGCAUGGCUACUUACCAAAUUUCAAUUCGUGUUCGUAGUGGAAACCAAGAAUGGCACAGUUGCGGAGGGUCCAUUUUAAACGAAGAGUACGUGUUAACUGCAGCUCAUUGCAUUUAUGAGACAGACAUGAAAGAUAUGUCAAUAGUCGUUGGCACUCACACGAUUGAUAAAGGCGGCGACCGAUACAAGAUUAAGAAAUUGAUCCCUCAUGAGGAGUAUUCUGAUCCACUUGAUAUAGGCAUCAUACAGAUCGAAGGUAAAAUCAAAUACAGCGAUAAGAUUCAACCCAUUGAGUUAUUAAAAGAAAUGGCACCCGUUGGAAAGAAAUGUCUCUUGACUGGCUGGGGAUACACGGAUUAUGAUCGGAGUACUGUACCAAAUAAUCUUCAAAUGUUGGAGUUCGAAACAAUAAGCAAUGAUGACUGCACUAAACAAUUAAAACGCUCGCCUUACCCGGAUUUAGUGCCCGUAGACGCCGGACAACUCUGCGUUAAGCGUCCGAACAACAAAGGUGCAUGCCAUGGCGAUUCCGGUGGUCCUCUUGUCAUUCAGGACGAUAAGAACAAAACUCUUCAAAUAGGAGUCGUGUCCUGGGGAGUUUCCUGUGCCAAAGAAUAUCCUGAUGUAUUUGCUUCAGUCCAUGGUUACUACGAUUGGAUUCAGAACAAAAUGAAAUGAAUUAAAAAAUAAUUAAUAAUA